UCAUUAAAACACAAAAGCGCUCCGGCGCUGCGGUCCAAUAUAGCGCAUGCGCCCUGCCCGAGGACUGGCAGGGAGACGGCAAUAUGGCGAGAAUGCCUGGCAGCGGCGGCGGCGGAGACUGGAGCGGCGGCGGCGGCGGAGGCGGCGGAGGGGGCGGCGGCGGCGGGGACAAGGCGGGGGAGCGGCCGCCGGGCCGUGUCCGAGGCGCCCCCCGGCCGCCCCGCUACUGCAGCGCCGGCGAGGAGGAGGAGGGCGAGGAGGAGGAUGAGAUCCGGGAGGUGCAGAUAACGGGGGACGAGGAGGAGGAGGAGGAGGACGGAGCCGAUGGGGGGCUGCUGCUGGACGAGGAGGAGGAGGAGGAGGAGGAGGAGGAGGAAGAGGAGAUGGGUCUGGAGUGGGACGGCGAGGAGGAGCCGGAGCCGCUGCCCCCCGCUCCGGGCCCCGCGGCCGCUGCCCCGGGGGGCGUCGGGGGCGGCGGCGGCGGCGCUGGGGGGGCGCCGUCGGAGGACGCGGAGCUGGAGGCGGCCCUGCUGCUGCAGCGUCCCGAGCGGGCGCGGCUGAGCGAGAACACGCGGCUGGCCACCCGCUACGCCGUGCGCAUCUUCCGCGAGUACCUGAGCGAGAAGGCGCAGAGCCCCGACUUCGAGACCAUGGACAAAGGGGCGCUGUGCAGGGUGCUGCGCUCCUUCUACGCCGAGGCGCGCUCCAAGAGCGGGCAGCUCUACUCCAAGUCUUCCCUCAUCAGCAUCCGCAGCUCCCUCAACCGCUACCUCAACGAGCCGCCCUACUGCCGCACCCUCGACCUCACCAAGGACCCCGAGCUGCGCGCCGCCAACCUGACGCUGGCCGCCGUCAUCCGCAAGCUGGAGGAGCAGGGCGCCGGGCCGGUGGUGCAGAAGCAGGCCAUCACCCGCGCCGACCUCCGCAAGCUCUACACCUGCAGCGUCUUCAGCACGCAGAGCCCCUUUGGGCUCCUCAACAAGGUCUGGUUCGAGACCUGCAUGUACUUCUGCACGCGGGGCCGGGAGAACCAGCGGGAGCUGGAGGAGGACUCCUUCGGGCUGGCCGUGGACGAGGACGGCCGCAAGUUCGUCUACUUCAAGGCGUUGGGGCCCUACCACAAGUCACGCUCGUCCUCCUGGAGCAAGAAGCGGGCGGAGAGCAGCGACGAGGAGAACCUGCCCCGCAUGUACGAGACCGGCACCGAGUUCUGCCCCUAUGCCAGCUUCGUCAAGUACCUCUCCAAGCGCAACCCCCUCUGCAAGGCCUUCUUCCAGCGCCCACGGGACCACUGCAGCGAGGGCGACAUCACCUGGUACGAGAACAAGGCCAUCGGCAAGAACCUCCUGGGCACCCGCAUGCAGAUGCUCUCCAAGGCGGCCAAGCUCUCCAAGACAUACACCAACCACUGCAUCGGUGCCGUCUCCAUCGCCACCCUCAACAGCAUCGCUGGCAUCGGCACCAAGCUGGGGGGGCCGCCGCCACCGCACCACCACCACCACCCCCCUCCCCACCACCACCACCACCACCACCACCUCCUCCACCACCCCGCUGGUGGGGGCUGCUACACCCCCGCUGCCCUCAACGGCGGGCCGCGGCCCCGGCCACCCGCCGCCAACCCCUACGUGCUGCCCAAAGACGGCGACGCCACGCCGGUGAAGGCGGAAGCGGCCGCGGUGGCCCCGGCCAAGCGGGCCCUCUACGAGGCGGUGUUCCCGGCGGGGGCUGCGGCCGGCGGCGAUGCUUGCGGGCCCUCGGCCUCCCCCAAAAGACUCUGCCGCCGCCCCGCCGAGCCCCUGGACGCCGCCGCACCCGCCGUGGUGGUGGUCUCAGUGAAACACGACCCCCUGCCUCACCUCCUCCCUGAAGCCAAUGGGCACAGAAGCACCACCUCACCCACAGUAGUUUCACCUGCUCUUGUUUCCCCCACACAGGACAGUCGGCCCAAUAUGUCAAGACCUCUGAUCACUAGAUCCCCUGCAUCUCCAUUGAACAAUCAAGGCAUCCCCACUCCAGCACAACUCACAAAAUCCAACGCACCAGUUCACAUUGAUGUGGGUGGGCACAUGUAUACCAGCAGCUUGGCCACGCUUACAAAAUAUCCCGAUUCCAGAAUCGGCAGGCUCUUCGAUGGCACGGAGCCCAUCGUCCUCGACAGCCUCAAGCAGCAUUAUUUCAUCGACAGAGAUGGGCAAAUGUUCAGAUAUAUCUUGAAUUUUUUAAGAACAUCAAAACUCCUUAUUCCUGAUGAUUUCAAGGACUACAGUUUGCUAUACGAAGAAGCAAAGUAUUUCCAGCUUCAGCCCAUGCUAGGAGAGAUGGAAAGGUGGAAACAGGACCGGGAGAGUGGCCGCUUCUCAAAGUCUUGUGAGUGCCUGGUGGUGCGAGUUGCCCCAGAUCUCGGAGAGAGGAUUACACUGAGUGGUGAUAAGUCAUUGAUAGAAGAAGUGUUUCCAGAAAUCGGUGAUGUGAUGUGUAAUUCUGUCAAUGCCGGCUGGAAUCAUGACUCAACGCAUGUGAUCAGAUUUCCACUGAAUGGAUACUGUCACCUCAACUCAGUUCAGGUACUUGAGAGGUUACAGCAAAGAGGAUUUGAGAUUGUUGGCUCAUGUGGAGGUGGGGUGGACUCUUCCCAAUUCAGUGAAUACGUACUGAGACGAGAACUCAGAAGGACAUCUCGCGCACCCUCCGUCAUUCGAAUAAAGCAAGAGCCUCUGGACUAGAAUGGACAUGUUUCUUUAUGCAAAAAAAAAAAAAAAAAAAAAAAGAUAGGAAAAAAAAAGAAAAAAAAGGGGGACGUUUCAUGUGCAGUUUGGACUCCAAAUAAGUCCUGGAACUAAAAUUGAAUAAAAGACACAUUUAUAUCAAAUAUAGAGACCACACCUGAAUUCAUAUGGGAACACUUGGAAUAGUAGUAAUAAUAAUAACCUCAAGGUGUAAAUCAAAACACACACACACACAUAUAUAUGUAUGUAUGUAUAUGUAUGUAUAUACAUACAUAUAUGUACGUAUAUGUCAAAGGGUAGGAAAUGCAACAACAAAGUGGUAGAUGAGGUUGGUGCUGUGAUGGCCAUUAAGUGUCCUAGGCCUUACUCGGGCCCACUUAACGGUGUACAAGCCAUUACCAUUGGGGAAUACAUGGACUGCUCAUAAUGCAUUUUCCAUUGCCAAACACCAUCCAGUUUUUAAUGUGUACACACCUUGAUUCAACUUUAUUUGCAUAUGGAGGUUUAUGUCUGUCUUUUUUAGAGGUGGAUGGGCAGGCGUUCAGGAGACGACCAUCCAUUGCGUUGGAAAGCUAGUCGACUGAAAUUUUAAAUGUAGUUUGUACAGAAGUCGCACACGUUUUGUCUGCCCUCACAGAUGUGAAAGGUUAACUUUUCUUUUGAAUGAGUUUUUCGUUGUUAUUUUUUGUUGUUUUGUUUUGUGUUUUUUCAAAGGGGGCCAGAAUAAUUAAUAUUUGGUGGAGAUGCUCUGGUUUGAAUCUGCUGCUUUCCUACAAUUUUUCAAAUUUUAUAAUGUAUUAAAUACAAUAAACUCUGUUUAAAGUAA